CCGGUGGCCUCGUUCCUGGUCCUCGCGGUCUCCAUUAAAAGCUUUAUAAUUGGGAAAUAUAGCCUACAAAGUGUUCCAGCAUUGCAAGAGUUAAGUGACUCCACAGUGACUGGGCUGCAAAUAGUCCAAGGCAUCAACAAGCCGGGCCCUGAAAAUGCCGCGAUUAGAGCCCGUCGACGAGCGCAAUGCUUGCACCCUUUCCGGUUCAGUGCUUUACUCGUGGCGACGAGCUCGUCCUAGACGCAGAACAAUGUCUAGAGCCAGCCUGCCCAGCUCGAGCGCCACCUCAGGCUCGAGCUUCGCGUACCGCUGGGUCGCUGACUUUCACAAGACGGCCACAGAAGAAUGCGGCAAUGGGCGUGGAGCCCUACGCCCGGCCGCCUGCUCUGCGGCCGCCCGACGAGCCGCCGGCGCCGGGAGCCGUGGGGCCGGCGUCGGAGCCAGGCUCUUCGGCGUCGUCAGCGCCGGACGUCGGCCGCAGCCCUCAGAAGAAGUGGGUGGACGACUGGGCGAGGUUCCGCAUUGCCACGGAGGCGUACCUGGGCCAGUUGAGGGAGCAGCUCAACUGGGCGCAGCAUCAGGCAGAGUUGCGCGCCCUCCACGAGCAGCAUCAGGCACAGUUGCAAGCUGCUGACGAGCAGCAUCAGAUGCUGGUGCUGGCCCUGGCCCUGAUGGCCCCCCGGCCCCAGGUGGCUGCAGGCCAGACGAACCUGCUGUGGCCGCGGGAGCUCCCUACCCCCUACCCGCCUUGGUGCCCUCCCCCCCACCGCUGGGUAUCGUGCCGGCCCCGCUGGCGCCCUGCCGGGCAGCGCCCCUGCCCGCUGGCGCUCCGCUGUCCAUGGCUUCGCGGCGACGCUCAACGGGUGGUGGGAAUGGCAUGCGUGGCACAUUAGGCCGUGCGAGGGACAGGCGCGGCGGUGUCCGGGAUGGCGACGUGUUGCUGAGGCGACGUGCGGCCCACGUGCCGGCGAUGGCAGUAUCAGCGGUGGCAGGGUGGGGCGGGGAGCGGCUGGGGUGGCUGAGUCUGGCCGCAGCCGUGGGCAGUCUCAGGCUGGGUGCCCGCAUGCAUCGUGGGUGCGGGGUAGGGGCGGGGCAACUGCAGCAGCCGGUUGCUAGGGUGGAAUCACGUGGGCGCCGUAUCUGCAUGGCGUGCAUGGCGCAUGCGGGGCGGGCCCUGCCGCCUGUUGACAGUACGCCUCCCCCCCAACCGGGCCUCCGUUGCGGUUGCAGCGAUGUAAGUGCUUAUGUGUGGCCGUUGCUGCGUUGUGGUUGGGAAUUUGGGAUCCGGUAUGUACGGUACUUCAUGUGUUUUGUUACUUUGUUUGAACUACGUAUGUGUUAUAUCGCCAGGCGCGGUAUAAAAGUCAGAUCAGAUAGUUGUCAGAUCACGCGACAGAGUGAUUGAUGUGUAGCGGCUCAGUAGAAGCCCGCUAUACAAUAGUAUGUGAAAGGCUGCAGACUGAGCGCGAGGCAGCCGCCGGGAGGUAUGUAGCUUACUGGCCUCGGCUCUACAACUUCAUGUUUGCUUGUGUUGCGUUGUUAAGGUUGUAUAUGGUAUGGGGGCAAGCUGGAUGUGUGCAUGGGUGCCAUGUGGUGUUGCAGUGAGGUCACGAGGCUGCGAUGCAUCCUGCAUGUAUGUCAAGGCAAUGGGCAAGGGGGCAUGGGCCUGCGUGGGCCUGGUCCACCAGCCGGCCGCUGGAUGGAGUCUUGAGGUAGCAGCCAUGCAGGGGUGUAAACUCUGGUAGUCUGGUGCCAGAUUGCCUUUCUGCGCGCACACGUCACACGGAAGCAUGCCGCGCAUGUAAAUGCGCACGCGC